CCCUCCCCAACGAACAAUGUGUGGUGCUGUGACUCCUUCUGCAUGUCUCGGUUUCGUGCCUGCAUCGAGGCCCGCGAGACUCAUAGCCGGCGGCCUCCUUCGCCAGCCCAGCGAGCCUCAGCACCGGAGCGCGAUCCGCGGGCUCUAGCGGCCGCCGUACUGACGCUCUCCAGCUGCCGGCAAGAGGCCUCGGUUCCUGCGUCUCUGCUGUUCCUCGAUAGGAUGCGCUAUGCCGCUUCCGUAGAAGUGGUAGGUAAGAGAGAGAGAGAGAGAGAGAGAGAGAGAGAGAGAGAGAGAGAAAGAAAGGGAGCUGCCUACCUAGUUCGCUCUCUCGUCGCCGUGAGUUUCGAAGUCGGGACGCGCCGGGUCGGCUUCGGGCCUGGCCAUGCGGAGCGGCGAAUCCCUGCACUUGGUUGCCUGCGCAGAGGAGACGACGAUGCAUCACGUAUUCUGCGGAGACCUCGUGGCUGGGAGGACAUGCUGGGAUGUGUCGGACAACGGUUGGGGCUAACUGGCAACUUUCCAGAAGUCCCUAGUUGCUCUAUAACCAGAUACCUGCCGUUAUAGAACGUAAAUAUUAAGUGCUUGGCAGAUCUCGCGAGGCCUUUGCACACAUUUCAAUGGCUUUCAAGCCACUCAGUCUUAAACUUCCGGUAAUAGUGGUGAGCGUGCGAGUUCUAAUAUAGACCGCAUACGGGUGGUUUAGAUAGUAGAGAUAGUGUGUCACUCCUAGAAUAUCAAAGCACUCUGUCAAGUAGCAAAAGACGGCCUAGCUUUCACCAGCUGUUAACCACACCGGGUUGCGCCUCAUGUCUUUAUUGUGGUGUAAGAUGCUACUACGAUGGCCCUCGAGAAUCAUAGCUCUACUAUACUACUAUUAAGACACAUCAGCUUUAGCAUCUAAUAAGACUGCUCAG